UAAAAUUAUAACUACAACGGUUAAAAUAUUCAGCGGAAUAUCACAAAGUGUAAUUUUAAACGGAUAUUAUCAGGACUAAAAUCACAAAAAUUAGAAGAGGAAAACCAAGGAAUCAAGGAUAAAAUAUAUAAUUUUAGCAGUUACCCCCUUUCAAAUUAAAAAAAUAAUAAAAAUCGAACCAUGAUCUUUGAAAACUCCAACAAUUUGCCAUCGUAUUUGAACGAGGAUUUCUUCAAGGCCGCCCUGGAGGUGGGUCUUCGCGAUAGCUGUGUGGAUAUCAAGAAAAUCGAAUUUGGGGAGCCCAGUGGCGGCGGCGAGAAUUAUUGCAGCAAAAUCUAUCGCGCCAAGGCAUUGUAUCGUUGCAGCAAACGUCAGUUGGAUGAGGAGCUGGCGCUGAUUGUCAAAAGUAUAGACAUAACACCGGCUACACAAUUCCUGGAGGAUUUGGCUGUAUAUUUGAGGGAGAAGAUAUUCUAUUUCGAAGUGCUGGAUAAACUGGAAAUGCUGAUGGGGCAGGGCACUAAGUUUGGAGCCAAAUGCUUUUACACAACCGGCGAGCCGAUGCAAACCAUUGUCUUCGAUGAUCUCACUCAAUACGGAUACAGACUGGCUAGUCGGCAAAAAGGACUCGAUGAGGAACACUGUGUUGUUAUUCUAAGGAAGUUGGCUAAGUUUCAUGCCUCAUCAAUGGUUUUGCUGGAAAAAAAUCCUUCACUGAAAGAACACUUCAAGGCUGGCAUGUUGGAUGAGACCUAUGUUAGGAGCAGUGAACGUUUCACCGAUUACAUGAGUCUUCAUGUAAGGACCUUGGCCGAUAUGGUGGCCACGUGGAAGGGUUACGAGGAAAUCAGCAAAAAGUUACACAACUAUUGUGAUAAUAUCACCGAGAAUUUGGUAAAGUCAGGUCGGCCAAGGCCGGGGGAAAUUACAGUUUUGAAUCAUGGUGAUUUGUGGGUUAAUAAUUUUAUGUAUAAAUAUAAGGCGGAUAAUUGCAAUACACCAGAGGAUGCGGUAUUUGUCGACUUCCAAAAUAGUUUCUUUGGCAGUCCUGGCUGUGAUAUAAACUUCUUCUUGAACAGCAGUGUCCAACUGCCGGUUCUUAAGUAUCGCCGGGAAUUUCUCAUCGAAACCUAUUACGAGACAUUCCAUGAGGCUUUGAGAGAAAUGAAUUAUGAGAGAAUUCCAUCGUUGAAGGAGAUCCAGGAUGAAAUAACUUCACGUGAACUAUAUGGCUUCUUUUCGUUGUACUCCUUCCUGCCCAUGGUCGCCUUGAGCAAAGAGGAUUCGGCUGAUAUUAGUCUGGAGGCAUUGGCCGAUAAGGAGUUUGCCCGCAAAAAGGUCAAGGUGAUGUUUAGUUCGAAUCCUCGCACCAUGGAGACCAUUAAAUAUGCCCUGAAGCGUUUGGAUAAGUUGGGAAUUUUCGAUGAGGAGCCAUAAAAAUUUUGGAUGAUUUUUUGUAAUUACUUCCGAGGAAUAUAUAGUUCAUAGAGUAAACAGCCAACUAAGUUCUAUUCACAUAAGUAUGUCCAUGGCCAUGGGAUGACCUUAAAUCUUAUAACUAAUAUAAGCUAUUUUUAGAUUUCAGAUUCUAUAACAUUUUCGUAUUAUUUUAUAAACAUUUGACUGUUUGAGAUAAAAAUUUCUUCAGUUUCA